AUGUUACAAUACACAGAUUUCAGUAUCAUUCCAUGAUCAAUUUCAUUAGGCUAUGUGACAGUAUGAAUGAAUAUGAGUAUCUCCAUGGCCGAGAUGAAUCGUGCUACUGGGACAAAACGCCACCGAGUACCACGGCUAUGAUGGUGUGACACUUGCGGGAUAUCGAGUAAUACCGCGAAAUGCGUAACACGAGUUACAACAGACCUUCUUGGUUCAGUUACACAAAGUCAGCAGACCCUGUCCAUGGCCGAGAUGGACAGGGAAAUAACAGUGACCUGAUGAAGGCGUCACAGAGACACGUUACUCUCUUUCUGCUGGUCAACUUCGGCGCCAUCUUUGUCAGUGAUGCAGCAGAAACCAGUACAUCAUGCCCUGAAGUAGGCUGCUUUGGACGACCAGUCAACAUCACCUGUGACAUAACUGGCCAAUACGGGUCUAUCGGGUUUUCGCGGCCAGAUAAUAUUGAAGUUGUAACAUGCCUGAAGAAUAAAGAUGAAUGCUAUGUUAAUACUCCAGGUUAUGGGGUGGUGUUUCGCUCAGAUGACAAACACAUUAUGCGUAUAAAGAGUCUGAUUGGAAAGGAUGUGGGAACGUGGAAUUGUCGUGAUGGAACAAACCCACUCUUGAAGACUUGUCGCAUCGAAGGAUAUGAUGUAAGAAAGUCCCCAACUCCUGCACCUCCAUCGCCUGGCUCAGACUGCAUCAAUAUCCCGAAAACUUACCGUCCGCAAACAUUAUGUGAAGGUUUUCAAGAGGAUCCAAAUGGCAACAUUACUAUCAGCGUGGCUGACAACAGCUUCAGUUUCACAUCUGACCAGUACAAAGAAAAUGAUGAGGUAGAACUUGCUGACGUCCCUACAGGUGGGGAACUGGAAUGCAGUGUCACCGGGCCAGCCGCCCAGUGUUACACACCCUACAAUAAGAAGACCAAAAUAUGUCCAGGUCCAGAUCCCCCAGUUCCUACAUGGGCCAUUGUUAUCAUUGUCCUUCUGAUAGUGAUCAUCAUCAUCGUUUUGGUAGAUUGCAUCUGCUGCAGGCCAAGGGGUAAAGGCAUCACUCACUGCAUAAAGGCCAAGCUGAUGUCCAGGAGAGCUGGUGUAACAACUGCAGGUUAUGAUUCCUCAUUCCGUCAGCUUCCACAAAUGAUGUGAAGAAGGGACUACAGCAGAAACAGAUAGGCCGGAGAAACAUGGAGACUGACGUGGUGAGAAGAUGAUCAUCCUCAACUGGCAUGUCUGUUCACAUCCAAGGCAGACGUCAACUUGUGAACUGGUUCUGACUGUUUGCUGGACAUAGACAGUUGCCCAGUUCUCAAGUAGACAUGAGCGGUCAGCCAUUACUGUUUCAAUGGAAGCUCUGAAACUUUCACCUCACACUGCCUUUGUUAUUCUUUUUUUCUUGUGUAUACCUGGAUAUUAUCCCAGAAUUCUGGGCUGGUUUGCCUUGGAAUUAACAGAAACAUAGCCAUCUUUGUGUGUCGUUAAUGCCCAUGAGAUUUGAUAAGUAAUUUGCUUGGUAUAUAUUCUGAGAUUAUUGUUUUCAGUAUUUAGACGUGUAACAUACACUAAUAAUUUAACCUGAACAUUGUUUAGCAAUCCUGUGUGUAUGUUACAGAAUGACUGUGUAAGAUGACUGAGAUAUUCACGUAGGCAAUUGAAAAUAUUUUUUUUUUGUGUUCUAUUGUAAU